UCUAUGAUUCAAUGCAUCUUAACCUCUUUUCAGCUUAGAUUUAUUUUCGUGUAUUGAGUGAGAAUUGAAGUGAAUAUGGCUAAAAGAAAAAGGUCUUCGAUAAAUAAAAAUAAGGCUUAUGAUGCAACACAGGCCAAAAAAAAGAAAUUAUCAAAGGAUAGGAGUAAUGAAUAUGAAUUUGAUCCCAUACCAAGACAUUUGGUAACGGCACAUUUGAAGAAUCAAGAGAAGCGCCUAAUAGUUAUAUUGGAGAAUGCACAAUUGGAGACUGUAAAAAUUGGUCAGAAAUUUCAUUUGUUGAAUGGUGAUGAUCAUACGAAUAUUUUGAGAAAAGAAGGAAGGGACGUAGGAUCUUGUAGGCCAGACAUUGCAUAUCAAUGUUUACUGAUGUUAUUCAACAGCCCCUUGAAUCGCGCUGGUCUGCUGCAAGUAUAUGUUCACACAAGUAGUAAUGUGCUUAUAGAAGUGGACCCUCAAACAAGAAUACCUGAUUAUUUCCCACAGUUUGCUCGAAUGAUAGUUCAAUUACUACACAAAUUCUCUGUCAGAUCGAAAGAAGGAAAGAAACUCCUGAAAGUUAUUAAAAAUCCCGUCACAGAUCAUUUACCAAUUGGUGUUAAAAAAAUUUGUAUGUCUUUCUCAUCUCAAGAAGCAAAACCAUGUAGCCAAUUGGUGCCUAACAACGAAGAACCAAUCGUUUUUGUGAUUGGAGCAAUGGCUAGAGGAAAAUUAGAUGUAGAUUAUGUAGAAGAAACUCAUUCUAUAAGUAAUUUUCCAUUAUCUGCAGCCAUUACUUGUGCAAAAGUUUGUUUUGCAUUUGAAAAAGCAUGGAGUGUUGUUUGAUAUUCAUCUGAUUAUGAACGCUAUGUUAGAGAUCAUAUUCAAAUAUUGUAUAUAAUGUAUAUAAAAUAAAUUUUUUAUUUAAA